AUGACGUCCUUCACCUCCCUCCUCAACUCGAUCGGCGGUAAGAAGCCCGAAGCGCCUGUUACAAAGCCGUCCUUAGGCACUUCCAGCAUAGCGAAACCACCGGCCUUGACCAACGGAGCACGACCCGCCACCAGCAAUGCUGUAGCCGGAGUGAAGCGCAAGCCCGAGGAGCAGGCGACAGGACCGAACGCGAAGGUCGUCAGGACGGAGGUCAAAGUGCCUGUGCGGUCUGUAACACAAAGCAACGGCCAACCAUCUGCACCAAAGCCUGCCCCGAGCACAAACGGAGCGGCAGCUCCUUAUCGCGGCACAGCGAGACCCGCUGCCGGAGCAUUGAAUACUCAGAAGUCCGUACCAAAGCCAGUGCCACGACCUGGGACUGCUACCGGCACCUCUGCACCUCCAGUCGGGAAUGGUGCAAUCAAGCCGAAGAAAGGCUUCGCCGCGAUUCUCGAGAGGGCCAAGGCUGCACAAGAGGCAGCCAAAGCUGCUGGUUCUAGUACUAUCAAGCACAAACCUGUCGAGAAGCUCACCAAGCGUGACCGCAUGCGACAGGAAGAGGCAGCAAAGCAGCAGAAGGCAGCUCCUGGGAGAGUGGGGAAGUCGGGCGUCGCAGACCGGAGCAGGAGUGGCACACCAGUCGAUGCAAAGGGAGGCGUGUCGAAAAAGCCAGAGUCUACGUACAAAGGCACAAUGAAGAAGCCGGAGAAGAAGGCAGUCGAGAGGCAGGAGUUCACAUACAAGGGCACCAUGCGGAAGAACGAACCAGGCGCGCCACAGGCCAAGCCCGCAGCGAAGAAGGGCAUGGCUCAGGACAAGUACGGUGGCUAUGCCAGCUGGUCAGACCUGGACGAAGCCGAAGACGAAGAAGGAGAAGACUAUGAAUCAGAUGCGUCGUCAGACAUGAUGGAUGCGGGCUUCGAUGACAUGGAGAAGGAAGACCGCAUGGCGUUGGCCGCAGCCAAGAAAGAGGACCAAGAAGCUUUGGCAGAGGAGGAGCGUCACCGGCGUGAGAAGCUUGAACGCAAGAAGAAGCUCGAGGCUCUUAGUAAGACCGCUGCUGCGAAGAAGCGGUAUUGA